AUGAAGAAACUAAACGCAAUCGGCACCUGUUUGGUUUGUGCCACUUCGAAACAGUCGUGCACCGCUCGGCGCGAGCAUGAGUGUUCAGUACAUCCGGAGUUGUGUCGUAAGAUUUUGGAUGCGAUAGAAAAUGACCCUGAUCGAAAUGAUGACUUCUUGUCGGUUUAUUGCAAAAUGCUUUCGCAGUUAGAAGUGCACGAAUGGGAUGAUUGUGAAGAACUGAACGCACUGAAAGAACGAACUGAUGAACUGAUUGAUAUGGUAAGAGAGUUGGAAGCGAGCGCUCAAGAUGUACGCUUAAUGACAGCAUUUUCGCGAUCACUGAGCAAACGAAUUGAAACGGUUGAAGAUAUGUCGUCGAGAAAGCGUUCUUUGACGGCAACGUCAAACUCAGAAGAACUAAUCAGUCUCACUGAACAGCUGCGUUUGGAAACACCUCAUCCAAAAGGAUCGUUGGCAAAUCAGCAGAAAUUAAGAUUCGAAGAAAUUGAUUCAGAGUUGAAACCAUCCACAGUUCCAGCCCCAAACAGGAAGCCACUGAAUACGACGACUUCAUCGACAGUUCGAAGGCCACCUCGUAAGCCGAAAGCACGGCAACAGGAUUUGAAAAAGGUUCUUAUGGAGCAAAAUACGGACAUGGCUGGUAUUGCGGCAACAUUGACUGCUUCGAGCGUUCGAAACGUCAUGAUAACGCCUUCGUCGAGUCGACGUUUGCGACCAGUUCUUCAGCGAGCUGUAAAAACGCCGGCUGCGAGUGCUUUCUACAAGGACAUCGAUUCGGUCAUCGACGAAGAAGCAGAAGCUUGA